AGCUGAGACCCAGUCCCCAUGGUAACUAAUCUGCCUUGAGGAAAGAGCCCUGCCCUGCCCGUGGAAUUGUCCUGAGUCAUGGCUUUGGGCUGGGGCCAUGGGAAGAAACCAUUGUGUGGCAGGGAAGGAGGCGGCCCUUGGCCCAGGCCUGAAUCGGGAAGGUCUGAGAAUGUGGGGCCAACAGGUGGGCACCAAAGGGCCAUGGCAGGGGCUCCCGGCAGUGCUUGAGACCUGGAGCUAGCCUGGCACCACAGCCUAGUCCUCCCAGCUGGCUCUCGCUGCUGUAAGGACCCUGGUGCAUGGCGGCAGCCAGCAGGCCCACAGCUGGGGAUCUGAAACGGCCUCUGAGGUGCCUCUGGGAGGGUCCAAUGUGCAUGAGAGGGGCAGACCAGGCGGGCUGACGGGCAGGGCGGGCCUGGCUCACGCAGCCUGUGGGCGGGUCCAGGCUGAGUUUCGAUUCCCGCCACUGCUGCCAGCAUCUGGAAGCAGAGGGAGAGUGUGCGCCGAGUCAUUGCUGCUACGGCUCAGCCGCAGGUACCUACCCCACCAUGGGCUCGCAGGCCCCACCCUCAGGGCCCAUGCAGACCCUCAUCUUCUUGGACCUGGAGGCCACUGGCCUGCCCUUCUCCCAGCCCAAGGUCACGGAGCUGUGCCUGCUGGCCGUCCACAGAUGCGCCCUGGAGAGCCCCCCCACCUCUCAGGGGCCACCUUCCACAGUGCCCCCACCACCCCGUGUGGUGGACAAGCUCUCCCUGUGUGUGGCUCCGGGGAAGGCCUGUAGCCCUGCAGCCAGUGAGAUCACAGGGCUGAGCACACCUGUGCUGGCAGCACAUGGGCGUCAAUGCUUUGAUGACAACUUGGCCAACCUGCUCCUAGCCUUCCUGCAGCGCCAGCCACAGCCUUGGUGCCUGGUGGCACACAACGGUGACCGCUACGACUUCCCCCUGCUUCAGGCGGAGCUGGCUACGCUGGGCCUUGCCAAUGCUCUGGAUGGUGCCUUCUGCGUAGACAGCAUCGCUGCCCUGAAGGCCCUGGAACAAGCUGGUAGCCCCUCGGAGCAUGGCCCAAGGAAGAGCUACAGCCUAGGCAACAUCUACACACGGCUGUAUGGGCAGGCCCCACCGGACUCACACACAGCCGAGGGUGACGUCCUAGCCCUGCUCAGCAUCUGUCAGUGGAGGUCACAGGCCCUGCUGCAGUGGGUGGAUGCUCACGCCAGGCCCUUCAGCACCAUCAAGCCCAUGUAUGGGGUCACAGCCUGUGCCAGGACCAACUCAAGGUCAUCUGCUGUCACAGCCACUGCAGCCCCAGCCACAGACAGGAAUACAAGUCCCAGCCUUGGUGGGAGCAGGAGACCUAAGGCUCUUUCUCCAAUGAAAGACUCUGGAGCCCCACCCAAGGAGGGCCUGCUGGCCCCACUGGGUCUGCUGGCUUUCCUGACCUUGGCAAUAGCCAUGCUGUAUGGACUGUCCCUGGCCACACCUGGGCAGUAGGCCAAGAAUGACAAUCUAAUAAAGACUCCCCUAGCACUGA